UGAACUUGGCGCACUGAACUAUAUAUCGGAGGAUUAGCUAUCAAAGGUCAUCUUGCGUGGCAAGAUUAUCGUCAAUAUUAUCAUUUUAAAAAAGGCGGGGAAGUUUUUCUACGCGAUCGGCAUAGCUUAACUGGCCAGUUCGUUUAAAACAUUAUACAUCAACGGUGACGCUCCGCUGCGUCGUCGACUUAUCUAUUUGUGUCCGAUUGAGAUUUCUAUUCAAACACACGUUGGAGAUUCCGAUCAUUUGUCUUUAUUGCUUUACGGACGUAGGUUUUUAAAGGAUAGUGUGUCCAACAGAUGAUUUUGAUUUUGGAAACUACUUUUUGAAACCGAAAGAUUCAGUUUUGAUCGAGCCUAAAUUAAAAAUUGAGAUUCUUUGAUUUCUACAAAAAUUGAAAUCGUACAGUUAGCAUAGAUUAUUGUCUCUUUCACCGAUUACCUUGGCGAUUACGCUGGCGAUCGGUAUGAGGAUCUCGAUGACCGAUACCGCCUUGGAUAUAGAGAAGAAAGCGAUCGGGCGUUGCGCUCGACGCAGUCAUCGUCUUCGCAUUUGGCUCGUCUGGAUCUACUGCGGCAUCUUCCUGAUCAGUUCCGCCGGCUUUUACGUGUUCUGGUACACAAACGCGAUCAACAAUUACGUGUUGUCAUGGCUAGAAUUGCGUAACGGCACUGUCAUCUUUGACUGGUGGCAACACCCACCCUUGAAGUUGAAAUAUAAUAUCUAUAUCUUUAAUUAUACGAACGUGAACGAAUUCGAAGCGAAUGAAGCGAGCAAGCUGUGCGUCCAGGAGGUUGGUCCCUACGAAUAUCAAGAGACAAUGAGUCGCAUGAACGUGGUGUUGCACGAUAAUGACACUAUCACUUAUCAGACUAAGAGAUCCUUUAAAUGGAUAGGCGGGCGAUCCAAGAACGAUAUCGUCCUGGUACCGAACGUGCCGUUGAUGUUCACCACCGCGUAUGUCCGGGACCUGAGCUUCGCAGUGCGAUUCGUUACUAACACGGUGCUGUCGACUCUGCAGGAGCAGUUGUUCAUCAAUCAGACUGUCAAUGGUUUCCUCUGGGGAUACGAUACUCAGCUCUUCCACAUGGCUAAGCUGUUGUUAACGCUGCAGCAGGACAUACCCUUUGAAAAGUUCGGCAUACUGGCCAUGAAAAAUGGUAUCGAUAAGGAUCGCAUCACGAUGCAUACAGGAUUGGAAGACGUGAAAAAUCUCGGCGUGAUCGACCAGGUAAACGGAAUGAACAGCCGGGUCAUUUGGGAUGACGAGCAAUGCGAUAAAAUUGAAGGCUCCGAGGGUGGCCUAUUUCCACCACAUUUGGUACAGGACACAAGUAAACCUCUUUACGUGUAUGUUAAGGAUAUUUGCAGGAAGCUACCACUUCAUUUUAUCGAACAAACGACUACCUACGACAUACCUUCUUUAAGAUAUAAAUUCAUGCCAGAUGCGUAUAACUUCUCAAAUAAGCAAAACGAAUGCUUCUGCCCGAAAGUACAUGAAAAGAGAAUCUGUCCACCCUCAGGACUCUUAAACAUAUCUGCAUGCGUUUUUAACAUGCCCUUGCUCUUAUCAUUUCCGCAUUUUUAUGGUGCCGAUAAGUCUUUGCUGGAACAAAUAGACGGUUUAAAUCCUCGGCAGGAAGAUCAUGAGAACUACAUAGACAUACAUCCGCGCUUAGCAAUUCCCUUAGACGGUCGGUUGAGGAUGCAAUUGAACUUGGAGGUGCGAAAGGCAAUCGGCGUGCCGUUUCUCGGGAACCUGAAGGACGGCAUGAUCCUUCCACUUAUCUGGGUCGAAGUCAAGGUAGACGAAUUUCCGGAACAAUUGUUGGAAAUCGCCCACAGCGCGCAUUUCACAGUGGGCAAUAUCGAAUUGGCUUUGCAAUGGGGUACUCUGAUAAUGAUGAUACUUUCCUUCAGUGCUAUGAUUGCCUGUCUCUGGAAAUCUCGCUCGAAACAGAAUGUGGUUCUCCGAAAAAAUUCCGUUCAAAAUAACCUUCUUGAGAUGCUCUGAACGAAAUGGAAAUCGCUUGAAAAAAAUGAACGAACGAGCGAAAACCGUCGCGAUCUAUUAAAAAAAAAAAAAAGAAGAAAAUAAGAAUUCUUCGGUAAUAUGAAUAUAUUCAAAAGAUAUUAGAACUAUAUUUAGUCUAAUUUUUUAAACGCUUCUUGAGAUUUUUAUGCUCGAGAUGUUCGGUUAAAGACAAAAGAUACCGAUAGUUUCUCAUAAAGGCACGGAAAAACGAAUUUGGGUCAAGUAAAACUCGGUAACGUAAAUAAUAAUUGUUGUGCAAUUAGAAUAAUGUAUGUUACUGGCAAAUUGUGUUAAUCAUUUCUAUACGGAGAGAUUUGUCAUUAUGAUGUAUAAUUUCAAUGUGAUAAUCAGAAUUAAUAGAUUGCUUGAAGAUAUAAACGGUAAAAUAAAUCCAAUGAAAUUUUUCACUAACAACGCUUUGCGGUUUGACAAACCGUUUAAUAAGCGAGUUUAUUCUUAGAAAUGGAAACUUCUACUUGUUUAUCGCGAAUAAUAACAUUUCCAAAAAUAUUAUAUGAUAAAUUUAAAUAUUAAUAUUCGUUCGCAAAGUUGAAGAACAUUUUUUUAAGUAAAGGGCUUAAAAACAAUCAACAAGCUUCUAAAGCACCUUUUUAUUCGCGAUCCAUCGUGAAAUCAUUUAAUAUAGCGAAUAAUCAAUCCGGCGAACGCAAAGUCUAAAAGGAUGCCGGUGAACCAGUAAUUCCUAUGAUAAAUUGACGUACCGUUGUUGCAUCGUGAGAAAAUGACAGAGAAACACGCCCGCAACACGGCCAAAGUUGUGAUUGAGACUUUAGUGCAUCGGAAAUAAUGUGUAAUUAUGCCGGCGGCGGUUGUGAUCCGUCGAUGGUUAGCAUUUGCAUCUCGUCGUGAUUAUUACUUGGCGGUGUCGCCGACCGCGACAGUGCGUUAUACCGCGCCAUAAUGAUCGACCUGUACUUAAUUAAGUGAUGACGCACACGCGACGACAGUACGUAUUACAUACGAUCGUUCAAUUAAUGAACUCGUCUCAACGACGAGAUUCGAUACAGGUUUCUUUAAUGUAGAAUGUAAGAUUUUUGUAGAAUUAGAUAUGUAUAUAAAUUUACAAAUAUUUAAGGUUCACUUUGCUCAAAUUUUUUUUUAUUUAAUUAGAUUUAUUCUCAGUGGUGAUUAGGAGCGAUACCACGAGACUCAUGAUAUUUAUCGAUGUACACCACAUAUUUAUCUAUCUUUCUCUAAUUAUAAUAAAUCCAAAUGCGGAGAGAAAAUAUUUUCUGUAUGUCUGAUGUUGUAUAUAUGUAUGUCUGAUAUUGUAUAGAAGCGCGAGCGUCGUUAUUUUUCAUUUUGCUAUACUGAUUGAAAAAGAAUUUAUUUUAGUACGGCAGAUAUUUAUUUUUGACAUUUACAACUAUCCCUACGACGACCUCUUACUUACCUUCGUAGGAGUCCUUGCUCCUUUUAUCUCACGCUCCAUUUUAGAGAAUUAUCUUUUCAUGAAUAUAACAACUAAUCAUAUAUCUAUGCAAAUCGUUCGUUGCGCUUGAUUUAUCACUGAAUCGUCUACGUGAGUUCACAUUUUGAUAACCCUAACAACAUGAGAUCUUAUUUCAUGGGAAACUUAUUUUCGUAUCAGUAAAAUACACGCACACACAUCGUCCAUCGUAGUGCGUGUGGACGAUAAAAGCAUAAUGUGUCGUAACACGAUAUUACGAGAGUAGGAGUGGAAUAAUCGUGAACAUUAAAUCAAUCUCUGUUAUAUCAUAAAAUUAAUUCUAUCAUAUAUUUUCCUCAUUCCUCCUGCAUUCAUCUCUCGGAUGAGAAGUUUCUAAUCCUCUCUGUUCCUCGGACGCAAGAGGAACGAAAG